AUGUCAGUAACAGAUAUUAAUAGAUUGUGGUCAAAUGGACAACAAUGGAGUGGACUUAAUGGACUUCCAAAUUCACUUUCUGGCGCCACAACCGAUGUGGAAGGACCAUCCCGCAACAAUGAUAAUAAAACGAAACAAGGUUCAGGUGUUACUAUUAAUCUAUUGCACAAAUUAACAGAACUAUUUGCGUACACCUCGACCGUGGCCUCCGAAGCUUAUCAGAACUUAACGGGAAAUUCUGAAAAUACCGAUGCGGAACACAGCUAUGAUUAUUAUGAUUUUGAUGAGGUGAUGCAAAUUAACGCUGGUGAUGACUUGGUUGAUUCCGAGCCACCACCACCUUAUGAUAUCACGUGGUCUCCGACGGCACAAGAUACAAUAGUCACCAAGGAUAAUAAUAAUAAACCCUCAUCACGUCGUAAACAAAUCCGAGUUCAUCGAGGGAGAAGAGUCAGGCAUAGAUCAUCAUCCAACGCUAGCACAAACACUUUAUCCUUUCAAUGUGAUGAUGAAGACGAUGAAUUCCUUAGAUUCAACUAUAAAUUGAUGGAUUUGAUAGUUGAGGGUAGAACUGCCCUUACCAGCACAGUAACAGUUAGCGAUGUUGAAUUUUUAUUGUCCGAAGAAAAGGAACGCGAGGAGAGAAUCAUGAGAGAACUUGAUUCUAUUUUAUCGUCCACCGCUCCAAUUAAUUCAUGCUAUGGAUAUUAUUCACCUAUUUCUGGUCACCCCGAUGAAUCUGUGUUCCCUCCUCCUCUCACUCAGUACGAAUUUCCUGUGUGUUUCAAAGCAAACUGUCCACCAAACUAUGGCUAUGUUGAUAAUUUAGCUACCA